AUGGCGCUAGUACCUGUUAAAGAGGCUGGUUCGAUGUCGUUUCAAGUUCCGGUUUUGACCCAAACAAACUAUCCGGUGUGGGCGGUCAAGGUUAAGGCCAUUAUGGAUGCAAAUGGCGUAUGGGAGACUGUUGAACCGAGGGCGUUAGGUGCUGAACCGGAUGAAAAGAAAGCAAAACAAGCUUUAGCCUUUUUGUUUCAAGCUAUUCCCGAAGAGAUGGUGCUGCAAAUGGCUAGCUACACCGAUCCCAAGCAAGUGUGGGAUGGACUGAAGACCCGGUACCUGGGUGUAGAUCGGGUAAGAGCGGCUCGACUUGCAACAUUAAGAAGGGAGCUUGAAAAUAUGCGCAUGAAAGAGGGUGAAGCGGUUGAUGAUUUCGUGGUGAAACUGAACGGCAUAGCAUCGAAGGUAAGGUCUCUAGGUUAUGAACUUGAAGAAAUUGAUUUAGUGAAAAGAUUACUUGAUUCGAUACCGAAGCCAUUCUUUCAACUUGUGGCUUCAAUCGAACAAUGUUUUGAGUUGGAAACAAUGUUAUUCGACGAAGCCGUUGGUAGGUUGAAAGCGUAUGAGGAGCGCUUAAAAGCCAAGGAGAAGACGGAGGACAUUCAAGGCGGUUUGUUGUUGGUUAGUCAUGAGAAAUCGCACGGGUGUAAGCAUUGUGGCGUUGGAAGCUCAAACCGAGAUGACUUUCGGCGUGGCCGGGGAAGAGGUCGUGGGUCCGUGAGGGGUCGAGAUGGUAACGAGCGGUUCCGAGAUAAAAGCCACGUGAAAUGUUACAAGUGUGGAGAAUAUGGUCACUACAACAACGAGUGUCCGAAGUUGAAAAAUGAAGAGGCGAAUCUGAUCGAGGAGGAGCCGGCAUUACUGUGA